CACGCACUCUACGCCCGCCCCUUCCCGCCUCCCUCCGGCGGCCGCCGCCAGGGGCCGCUGUGGCACCCGCCCCUCCUGCUUCCUUGGGCCCUUCCCGCUGCCGCACUCUUGUCCAAGAUGGCGGCCGCGGCGCUGCUUCGAGGCGCGGCUCCGGGGCGCGGCGGCCCGGCCUGGCGCUGGUGGCUGCGCGCGGCCCCAAGGUGCCGCCUGGCCCACAGCUUCCGCAGUCCUGGUGGCGACCCAACGGCCGGAGCGACCUGGGCCUGCUUCCGGCUGGAUGGGCGCACCCUGCUGCGCGUGCGCGGCCCCGACGCGGCGCCCUUCCUGCUAGGGCUGCUGACCAAUGAACUGCCGCUUCCGGGUCCCGCUGCCUGGGGGGCCCCGCCUCCUGCGUGUGCGGGCUACGCCCACUUCCUGAACGUGCAGGGCCGGACACUCUAUGAUGUUAUCUUGUACGGGCUCCAGGAACACUCGGAGGAGGUGUCUGGCUUUCUCCUGGAGUGUGACAGCUCCGUGCAGGGUGCGCUGCAGAAGCACCUCGCGCUGUACAGGAUCCGGCGGAAGGUCACGGUGGAGCCGCACCCGGAGCUGCGAGUGUGGGCGGUGUUGCCCAGUUCCCCUGAGGCUUGCGGGAAUACACCGCUGCAGCAGAGUGCAGGGGCUGCUGUCAUCCUCAUCCGCGACCCGCGAACAGCAUGCAUGGGGUGGCGGCUCCUCACCCAGGACGAAGGCCCAGCCGUGGUGUCGGAGAGCCGGCUCGGGGACCUGUGGGAUUAUCACCAGCACCGAUACCUGCAAGGCGUUCCUGAGGGGGUCGGAGACUUGCCUCCUGGGGUGGCCUUGCCGCUGGAGUCCAACCUGGCCUUCAUGAACGGCGUGAGCUUCACCAAAGGCUGCUACAUCGGCCAGGAGCUGACAGCCCGCACCCACCACAUGGGCGUCAUCCGCAAGCGCCUCUUCCCUGUCAGGUUCUUGGACCCCCUUCCUGCCAGUGGCGUCACCCCCGGUGCCACGGUGCUGACUGCAUCAGGACAGACUGUGGGCAAGUUCAGGGCCGGCCAGGGCAACGUGGGGCUGGCCCUGCUGUGGUCAGAGAAGAUCAAGGGUCCUCUGCACAUCAGAGCCUCUGAGGGUGCUCAGGUGGCCUUAGCUGCAUCAGUGCCAGACUGGUGGCCUACGGUCUCCAAGUAGCCCGAAGCCUUGGCUGGUGCAGGCUGAUGGGGAGGCUGGGACCUGGGGCCUCUGUCCUCUGUCGGGGGUCUUCCCAUCCUGUCUGUCUGCUGUGCCUACUGGGUGGGAGCCCUGGUUCCCAUCUGGGAAAGUCCCCCUGCCUGGCCCCACCCAUGCUCAAGGGCCCCAGGGCCCCAGGCACGUGGGUUGUUUUCUCGCUGGGCUUCCUGUGGCCCCAGAGGAGCCCACUGUGUGAGUGCUGAGCUCCAGGUGGCGCCGGGCCCCAAUUGUGGCUCCACACAGGGUUGUCUGGGAGGAUGGGACAGUGUCUCUGGCCAGCACUGGCAGCUUCUGUGCCUUGCACCCCACUCUGCCCAGCAUGAGCCUCAUGGGGGCUUGGUCCCUGUGCCUGAAAGCUGGGCAGUGUCCGGGGUCUACAGGCUGGGGCUCGGGCUUUGGGAGUUGUUUCACCGUGCUUGUUUCCAGCAUGUCUCAGGGUGGGCUUGUGUAUGGUCUAGAGGGGUCUGGGACAUUGGAUCAGGUGGCAUGUGGGUUUCUGUGCAUGGAGGAGCACACAGGGCUGAGCCACCAGCUAUCCCAUGCUGGAGGCUUGUGGAAGGCUGUGCCCAUUGUCCAUGUUUCCCCACCUCUGUUCCUCCUCAGAGCCCUCCAGGAGCGUGGGGUGGGGCCAGCACAGGGCUCAGGAACCAGCAGGGCAGAGUUCUGCAUGUGUGUGCUGGGUUUCGGCAUAGCCUGUGUUUGCAGUGAGAGUGACUUGCUGUCAGUUGUGGGGUACAGCCUCCUCUUCACCCACUGGCUUCCCCCUUCCCACUGAAGUGUGAGCUCCAUGUUUCAGGGCAUCUAUUAAAGAGUGAGCCACAAGCA